GCAAUUUGGGCAGGAUUUUCCUGGUUUGUUUGGUAACUCAGAAAAUAAUGCAAGCCCUUGUUUAAAUAAAUUCUCUUCUUUGCAGAGAAGUCGAAAGCACCAUCCACGCCGGUGUCAUCAUCGGCAGCCAUGGAGUUCCAGGUGAAGCAUGCAUCCGGUUCACCGUCGUCCUCAACCUCCACAGACGCAAAUUCCAACUCCAACCCCAUCAACCAAGAUCCAAUGCAGUCAUGGUGGGAGUCCAUCUCUAAAGCCCGCGCUCGCAUUCACGCCCUCUCCUCCAUCCUCUCUUCUCCCUCACCUUCCAUCUCCUCCCUUGCCGACUCCGACCGCCCCGCUCGAUCUCUCCUCCAAUCCCCAGACGUAUACGACGCCGUGUGCUCCUCCCUCUUCUCCCCUCAAUCCGGAUCGGGCCCUGACCCCAUCUGCCAGUGGCUCUACGAAACCUUCCAGUCCUCUGACCCCGAUCUCCGCCUCGUCGCCCUCUCAUUUAUUCCUCUUGUCUCCGGCCUCUACCUCUCCCGCGUCGUCGAUUCCCGAGCCGCCUCCCUGGCCGGGUUCGAGGCGGUUCUGCUAGCUCUCUACGCUUCCGAGUUGAAGGCCCGUGGCGGAAAGCCGGUGUCAAUAUCCAUUCCUGAUCUUUCUCAGCCGUCUCUGUACCAUACUCCGAGGAGUAGGCCGAGUUCGAUGGCUCCGACAGGGCAUUUUAUCGGGUUGGCAUCGCCGCCGCUGGAGCCGCAGAGCGAGGUGAAGUCAACCAAAAGGGCGUGCAUUGUGGGGGUGGCGCUGGAUUGCUACUACAAGCAGAUUUCGCAGAUGCCGAGCUGGUCGAAGCUGGACCUCUGCCGGUUCGCGGCGGCGUGGGCCGGGCAGAACUGCCCUUGCAAAGCCGAGUUUGAUCGUGAUGAGGAUGCGGAGAUUGAUGGGUUUUCAGAGAUUAGGGUUUUGGAAGGCGAUGAGGUUGAGGGGUGUGUGGAGGAUGUGGGGAAAUUGAGGAUUGCGGAGGAACGUUCCAAUUCGGGUUCCGAAGGGGCAAGGAUUCCACUGCCUUGGGAGCUUUUGCAGCCUACAUUGCGGAUUAUCGGUCACUGUCUGUUGGCUCCUCUCAAUUCGCAAGAUGUGAAAGAUGCCGCAUCAGUGGCAGUGAGGUGUUUGUAUGCCAGGGCUUCUCACGAUUUGCUUCCACAGGCAAUCUUGGCCACGCGGAGCCUGGUUCAGCUUGAUAAGAGAGCGCGGGAGGCCGCCAAGGCUGCAGCAGCUGCAAAUCCAGCUUCUAAUUCUAACACACCUAGCAAAGCUAAGAAACCCGAAGUCUUUUUGGUGGCAAAAUGAUAUCUUCCUUUGAAGCAAACAUUUUUUAACAGAUGCCUACAUUCUUGUGUACAUUUGUUGAUGCGUAAGCUUGUGACUUUGCUUUGAUCUUAUUGCAUUCAGUUUCUCUGCGAGGGAGAGAGUGCUGAAUGUGCAGAGGAUGCAUUUCUAUUGUUUUUCAUAUUCAUAUUGGUCAAUGGUGAUUUCCUCUGUACUGCUUAGUUUGAAACACCAUAUGCCUUGUCUCUUCUAGAUCCUCAUAGGAAAAUUUUUAAUUAGAACCAAUUGCUUAUUGUUUAUGCUCUUAAAUUGAUUAUUUAGAUUCUUGUGCUGGACAAAUAUUUGAUUCAUAGAUGUUAAUCAUUCUUUACGGGUUGA